ACCAAGAAUUCUCCUGCGACUGGAAUCCUCCAGACGGCACGACAGAGAGUCGAGUACAUCCUUGCCCGUUCCUCCUACUUCAUAUCCAUUCGCAGCCGCAUCCAUUUGCAGAACAGCACAGACCCUUUGAACAGAACGUCAACGUCAACGUCCAUCUCGUGUCCAGCAUCCAAGUCUAGACGUCACGACCCAGCGCCAUGCCCGAACGCAAGUCUCCCUCCUGGUCCUGACCAGCAUGAUAGCUCUCGACUGACUCGAAUGCGCCAAACAGAGAACCCCCUCUUAGCCCAGGUCCCACUGACCGUCUCUCCCUUCAUCACAUUACCAAAAGCCCCGACAUUACCGCACAACUACGCCAGCCUGCCCUCCACACUCCCACCCUCCAUCCUCAACUCAGACACCGAUGACCCCUCCGCACCCCCAGCAUACGUGACCUCAGGCACCGGCUUCCGCGCCCACCCCUCCACCAUCAUCGCGCAAAACAAAGCUCUCCGCGAGCAACUCAACACUGGUGCCUUGGAAGCCAGGACCAAAGUCCGCGACUGGCGUGCCGCAAUUGAUGAACGCGAGUUGGCCGAGAAGAGAAGGAAGGCUCCUGGCUGGUUGGACAGCGAUGCCAAGAUCUUGAGGCCUGCGACUACGGCUCCGCUGCCGGAUACAAAGCCUGGUGCUAGUUUGUUGGAUGCCGAGGAUAACAAUACUGAUGCGUUGAGGCCGCAAGAGUCGAGGAAUGAUAUGGGGUCGCAGAUGGAUCGUGCUUUUGGUUGA